AUGUUCGAAGAAUUAGGCCGAGCUUUACCAAGGUUUCGCAAAUAUGAGCAAGAGUUGCCAAUCACAAAGGCAUUGGAAGAAGCUCUCGUGGCAACCUACACAGAGAUAAUCCUGUUCUGCGCUCAUUCCAUUGCAUUUUUUCGAAAUAACCCGAACAUAGCGCAUAGUCGAAGCGCCUGGUCCAGAUUUAGCAAUGAGUUUCCCAAAGUGAUGAAGAACAUUCGGCACUACUCAAGGGUUGUGGAUGAAACAGCCGACAUGAUACGUCUUUCCAGGGAGACUCACUCGGCGGAUACAAUCGACGCAAUGAGUUUCCUCCAGGAUUCUAAACCCAAGGAAAUGAAUAUUCCGUGUUAUAUGAUACCAUACGGUCUCAACAACAGGUUUUUUGGAAGACCACUCGAGAAUGACAUCCUGAAGAACGUGCUCGAUUCAGACGAAACCACUAAGAGCAUGAAAGUUGUCUCGAUCUAUGGAACAGGCGGGGUUGGGAAAACACAACUUGCCCUGCACUACGCCAACACUUCAGCAGAUCUAUUUGAUGUGAUUGUUUGGAUUCCCUCGGAGACACAAAUCAAAUUCACGCAAGCCUUGGCAAAAUUCGCAUCCAAGCUUGGUGUCCCAAAAGCGGAUGAUACAGAAGAUGAAUAUCAAUCGAUCCAGAAAGUGAGAGACUGGCUGAAUGUAUCAGGGAAAACUUUUCUCUUGAUAUUCGACAAUGUUGAAGAUCACAAGAUUUUGGAACAACUUUGGCCAGCCAGCACUAAUGGGUCUGUGAUCAUCACUUGUCGCUCGCAUUCGGUUGCAACGAAGCGUACCACCGAUUUGAUAGACCUCCAAUGUUUUGCAGCUGAGACGGGAACAGAGGUACUUUUCUCGUUGACUGGUUUGAAGCCAGCGAGUGAAGAGGAUGCAGCAGCUGCGAGAGAGUUGUUUUGGGAUGUUUCGUUCCAAUCGUUGUCUACUGAAGGGAAGAUGCUGCUGAAUAUGCUUGCCUUCUUCGACUCUGACGCGAUACCGGAAUGGCUACUCUCAAACCCAAGAGCCAACAUUACUGAGCCAUGUUUAAGCUUUUUGUUGGACGAUUUCGAGUUAGGUGAUGCCAUCAUCAGUUUAACAAGAGCAUCGCUGAUUGUCCGAUCACCCGCAAUGAAAGCAAUCACAUUACACCGACUCAUCCAAUCUACUGUCUUCUCACGUUUGCCUGAGGUAGAUGUACUGAUUUACUUGGAUUGUGCAAUUCAAAUGCUGUCUUCCAGUUUUCCGAACUCGUGGAUCGAAAGGACAAAUCAGCAAGGCCACGGAUGGAAAUUAUGGCAAACCUGCAGCGUAAUUCUACCGCAUGUCAGCAGGCUUAUGAUAUUGGUCGAGACGCACUCGCUCAAGACCACUAACGUGGAGUUAUUUGCCGAGUUGAUUUUCCGCGCUGGAACAUACCUUUGGGAACGCGAACAACCGACGACUGCACGCUACUUCUUUGAAUAUGGUCUUUCUCUUGAGAUCAGCCACUCCACUCGGAAUUAUGCGCAUGCUUGUCGGCUGUUAGGUCACAUUGCACUAGACUUGGCCCAACCAGACUCUGCGUUGAGUGCCUAUCAAAGGGCAUUAACCGUAAGAGAGAAAUUAGAAAAAGAAAAUUCUCCCCCGAUUGCAGACGUGUACGACUCGAUCGCCUGCAGUUACACCGAGCAAGGAAUGGUUACCGAAGCAUUCCAAUAUCUUUCAAAGGCGGCAGCUAUUCACAACGCACACAACCCGCUUCAUAUGGCCAGAACACAUGCAAUCUACGCCAUGACAUAUCUCCGCGCUGAACAACCAGAGGAGGCAUUGGUGGCAUUGAAGAAAUGCUGGGAGUUGCAAAACCUGACCGAAGAACAGAUAAUUGACUCCAAAUACCCCAAGCACAGUGGAGAUAUUGUUCUUCUGGCGAGGAUCAAGUAUGCUCAGGGGCUGAAGCCAGAGGCCCAGCAGCUUGCUUCUAGAACUAUUUCCAUUCGCAGAGGUCUGUUUGGUGACAAAGGACCUAGAGUAGCUGACUCCAUGUUUCUUGUUGCUCGGAUGUUGGUAGCUGCCGACGAGAAUGUUCUAGCCGCGAAAAUGCUUCGCGCAAUUGUUGACAUGAGCCGAGGGGUCUCUGAAAUGCAGGGGCAUCUCGCUCGAGCCUUGUGGUUUCUUGGUAGCUCAGAGCGACGAUUGGGUAAUGCUGUUUCUGCCGAGCAGCUCAAAGUUGAAGCUCUGAAUGAGCGCAAUAAGCUUAGCGAGAGAAGUAAUUUGGCGGAGGAGAAUGAUCACUGCUUCGAGAGCUUGGUUGGAUGGAUGCUCUGGUAA